CGUCACGCACGCUGCAGAUGCGGAUGUUGCAGUGGCGUCUUUCCGAAGUGUCACAGUUAACUCAGAAGAGGAAAAGUUUGACCCAAACACCGUGAAGAUGCCAAACACCGCGAGGGGCCGACAAGAUAGUGCGGCACUGUUUGUUCUCUCCGCAGUAUGUUUAGCCUUAAUAACAAUUAUCAGCGUUUGGAAAUUAAAGCAAUUCAAAUACAGACUCAUUAAUGAAGCUGGAGGUGCAAUGUUUUACGGUGUCUUUCUGGGUUUAGCCAUCAGGUACUUGUGGGUGGACCGAGAGGAGCAUUCGGAGAACAUGGGCAGCGUUUGUUCUUGCCACGGUCUAAACAGCACCCCUCACGUCAUAAUGGUCAACAUCUCAUCCCACGGGCACUGUUACAGACUUAUUGAAAAGAAGGGCCAAAGAUGCUCACAGCUCCCAAGUCCUCACACGGCUAUGCUUGAUCCGCAAAUCCUGUUCGACCUUUUCCUGCCACCCAUCAUCUUCUUUGGGGCUUACACCCUGAAUCAGAGGCGAUUCGUGAAGAAUCUGGGCUCUAUUGUGACCUAUGCUUUUCUGGGCACCAUAAUCAGCUCCUUGUGCAUAGGGACCCUUGUCUACGGCUUCACCAGACUCAUGGUGCUUCUGAGACGAGCGGCAGAUGGAGAGUUCUCCCUCACUGACUGCCUCCUGUUUGGUGCAAUCAUGUCAGCCACUGAUCCUGUCUCAGUCCUCGGGCUAUUGUCGGACCUACGUGUGGACUCGGAUUUGCACGCCCUGCUGUUUGGCGAGAGCGUCCUUAAUGAUGCCGUGGCCAUUGUCUUGACACAUGCCAUCGCCUCCUAUGACCAGAUGGAAACAGGAAACGUCUUUCAGACACCUGCCUUCUUUCGCUCUGUUGGUUUCUUCGUCGGAGUGCUCAUUGGCUCCUUCCUCCUUGGAUUCAUAUUCACAGUAAUAACAGCCCUCCUCACCAAACUCACCCGACUCCAUGAGAGUCCUCUGCUGGAAACAUCAAUCUUCUUCCUGCUAUCCUGGAGCAGCUUCCUCUCAGCAGAAGCCUGCGGACUGUCAGGCAUUGUGGCAGUUCUGUUUUGUGGCCUGAGCCAGGCAAAGUACACAAAUCUCAAUUUGUCGCACGAGGGAAGCACAAGAACCAAACAGCUCUUUGAAGUCCUCAACUUCCUCGGGGAGAUUUUCAUCUUCGGCUACAUGGGAUAUAUAUGGUUUACAUUUCGUCACCAUGCCUUCCGAGCUCUCUUCAUCUCUGGAGCAUUUUUAUCCAUUUUUAUUUCAAGAGCCUGCAACAUCUACCCUUUGUCUUUCCUGAUAAACCUGGGUCGCACAAAGAAGAUUUCCCGCAACUUCCAACACUUUAUGGUGUUUGCAGGUUUAAGAGGGGCUGUUUCUUUUAGCUUGGCUGUAAGAGACACUUCAACAGAAGCACGACGCACCAUCCUCACCACCACUCUGCUUCUGAUUGGCUUCACUGUGUGGGUGCUGGGUGCAGCUGCCGAUCCCCUGCUGAGCCAUCUGGACCUCAGAGAGGAAGAGGAGACAGACGGCAACCUUCAGGAUGUUUCCUCUGAGGUUGAUACCAAGAGGCAGGACACAUCACAAAGCCUAUGGCACCGUCUGGACCACCAAUAUCUAAAGCCCCUGCUGACCCACUGUGGCCCCCCGCUGACCAACUCACUGCCACAGUGGUGUGGUAGGUUUGCUGGAGUCUUCUGUGGCCACCAAAAGCAGGAGGAUGAGGAGCGGCCCUUUGAGACUGAACCAGAGAACUUUGACGUCAAUUUGGAGAAAUCUGAUCUUCUGUCCACACGGAGCUGCGACUCUGGGUCAGAGCAGCAAGAGGACCUGCUGGAGGGAGAUUUGGGCCUCGGCACUGGAGCGGCUCACGUCAUUGAGGAGUGAAUUUUUUUCCCAUUUUAACUUUGCCUUAUCAUUCCCCCCUCUCCUGUUGCCUUAACGCUAGCCCCCACCUCCCACAGAGCGCAGGGACCAUGGUCUGUGUAUUUCAAAGCCACCGAGUGGGAGUUUGUUACUGUGACUCGCAUAAGGUCACACAACCCCCAUGUGCCGAGUUGUUGUGCAAAAACACACUCGCGCUGGAAGGAAGAGACAAUUAGUGGAGGCUGGCAUUCUUCCUGUUUCUCUACUGGAGAUGUAUUGUCCUGCUUUGUUUUUAAAUUUAUUUUCAUAUGCAGGAGCACGUCUGUAAAUUAGAAUGUCAUCAAAAAGUUAAUUUAUUUCAAUUCAAAAAGUGAACCUCAUACAUAGAAGUAUUACACAGAGGAAUCUCACAAGAUAUUAAAAGAUAUAUAUAUAUUUUUAAAAGAGAGGCUAUGUUAUGAGAGUGGUACAUUCUGCAGACUCCUGGGGGAUGCGGUCGAUUUGACAGCCCUCUACAAGGAGUGUAAGCUGCAACAGGUUAAUUGCUAAAGGAGCUGGCUGUUCUUUGAGUGCUGUAUCCAAAAUAUUAAUGAAGAGUUGAGUGGAAGAAAAAAACUAUUAUAGGAAAAGGUCCACAACCAACAGGGACAAUGGGAUUCCAGCCUGAUGCCCAUUCAAGAGCAGAUGAAGUCAGCGCUUUAGAAGUUUCCUCACACCACGGCAUUCAGAACAUCAGAUAACACGUUCCUUAUGGUAAACCACUGCAGAACUAGUGUCAACAUUCCUGAUAAAAGCGUUACAUGGGAUAAGGGGGGGAAAAGGAUUACUUCUGCCUCAUGGCCCUAAGUCCAGCUGUUAUAUUUAAGUGCAUUUUGCAUUUUAUUUCCAAAUUAGAAUCUCUGAGUCUGGACGAAGAGCGAAUCCAAAUUGGUUGAGCUCCAGUGUUGAGUUUUCCCACUAAGUUUUCUGUUAGUAUUCAGUCAUGUUCAGUGAAUGCGAAUAUGUCCGCCAAUGAAGCUUAUUUGUCAAAUUCACAGUAAUUUUUGAAAAUAACAACCUGUAAGCAGGUAUUAAACGUAGUUUUUAUUGAAAAUUUCUGUACUCAAAGCGUUUUGCUUUUUACAGCUCUGUUUUAAUAUUCUAAUUUUAAAUGUUGGAACUCCGUUAAUCAGUUCAUCUGGUUUAGUGAGUUACUGAGAUAAAUGAACUUUUCAGUGUUAUACUAAUUUAUUAAACAUGACUGCCUUGGACAUAACACUGUGAAGAGAGUGGUUCUUAAGCACCGUGUUUGGCUUAUCCUCCUUGUGAAGGCUGUCGGUGACAAAUAAAGGUCUCUUUCAUUGAUCUAUGUAAUAAUAUCCAUUUAAAAAAAAAAACUGCAUUUUGGAUUCACAUUACUUAUAAACCAUCUUCAUUUUAAAUCAACGGCAACAAAAUGCUUGAGAUAUAUAUUGUUACCACUGGUAAAUGGAAUUGGUUACAUUAACUGGACACCUAUAAAAAAGAUUUUUUUUUUUUUUUUUUUUUUUAAAUACAAAAGAUGAAGUGACCCUCAUGGUAUGUUUCGUAAUGUGGGAACUCUCUCACCAGCAUACCCAGUGAUUGAAUGCCACAGUGUUUCUUCGAAUCACCCAGGAUGUUAUUUCAGUUCCUGUUCUCCUCCUCUUUUCUGCCCAUCUCGCAUUUUUGCCCUUUCAGCUGAUUCAAAUCCCCCUACUCAUUUCCCUCCGUGUCCUCCUCCUUAUCGUCCAAGAGCAUUCUGUAAACAUACCGGUUCUGGCUUUCAUUCUAGAACGUGCAUUGUUUCCUUUUUGACUCAUAAAUCUCUGGGUCGUCCCACAUUUUUUAUUCCCCUGGAGUGAAUCAGGGUGCAGUUUGCUGUAGGUUAGGCUUUGUGUAAUACACCCCCUGCCCUUGAAGUGAUCUCUCUUCUAUUUAUGCAACAAAUACAUGGGUACAUCUGUGGAAUGCAGGUCUUUCAGCUGUUGCUUGCUGAAAAUGUUUACCGUGUAAGCUUGAUAGUACACCUGAUAAGAGUUACGCUCUUGAUUAAAGAGCUGCGAACAACAGCCUUUCAUCACAAGUCUCCAGACUAAAAUCCUUAAAAGAGCUGUUUUUUAAAACUAACUAAAUAUAGUUUGAUUUUCUGACGCAGUGCCUUCAGUUGCUGUGCACGGUAGUUUAAACAAGGUCAUCUCAGUUUUGUAACCCUUAUUUUCACUUCCUAAUUGUGUCAUUCAUUCUUAUGAACUGCAAAGUUUUUGCCGAUGGGUUUUCUUCUCCUCACUGAUGUAGUUGUUGCCAAUCAGUUGAUUCAUAGGCAGAGGAAGUUGACCAAAAACAAGGACCUGCUUUUAUGGAGCUCAAUGUUUGCCAGUGGGAAAUAGAAUCAACCCCAACACCUAACAAUUCCUUUAUUUUAUAAACGCCACCGUUUUUCUCUGUUAAUUAUGCCAUUUUCUGUAGUUUUCUGUAAUAACAAUCUUCUUAAUGUUAUUUUCACAAAACUGGAUUUAAAAUUAACAAGACAGGUGUAUCUCAAACGAUAAAUGUGCUAUUUGUCUUGUGCUUGAAGUACUUUUUAUGAAUGCAAUGUUUUUAUAUGGUUUAUAUUUAUCUCUGGUUAUUUGUUUAUGUUUGUAUCCAAGUUUCCUCAGUUGCACGUUUUGUUUGUAUUCUAGCAGUUACUUUUUUAUUUAAUUUACUUGUUUUAGCAUUUAUUGGUGUUAUGAUAGUUUGCAUACUGCUUAUUUUGUAUUUAACUAUAGACCACUAUGUUUUAAAAAAAAGUAUGGAAAAUCUGACUGGUUGGUGAAACUCAUAUAGCUUUUGUUCACAAAUAGUGAUAUAUUGCAAGCAUGUAUGUAUAGAUGUUUAAAAAAACGUAUUUUCUGUAACGCCAUAUUUGUGAGAAAUAUAGUUUUAAACCAAUAGGAGCGGAUGACCAAUAAAGGACACUGUUUUAAACAG